AUGAUGUCAUUGUUAUCACGAUGGGGAAACCGAGUUUCUAUUUUUGCGCAAGAAGACAUGGAAAGGAGUGCUCCAUCUAGAGUGGCUGCAGCGUCAAAGACAGCCUCCUUUGGCGCUUUAUAUUUUAUUGUCGCUAUCCAGUUUGUUACCGCGGUUGUGUUAUUCUUUUGGGCGCACAUGGACCUGGAGAGUGGGAUUAUUCUUCUUGCUCUGGCAUUCUCCUUCAACGCUGCGAUGGUGUGGAAUUGGGCCCCUAAUCCCGGGUUUGUUCGGGACUCCGUGGAAGUCAGCUGUGAAGAGGACCGGUCCCUUUUUCACUGGUGCCGCACCUGUCGGCUGUGGCAGCCACUGCGAGCCAAACACUGUGACCGCUGUGAAAGGUGUGUGCGAAAGUACGACCAUCAUUGUUUUUGGAUAGGUGGAUGUGUUGGGGAGGCGAACCACCCACGUUUCUUUUUCCUUCUUACAGUUGCAGUGGCUUAUCUCGUGUGUUUGUGGCCCAAGUUUUUAAGGUGCUUUAAUUUUUUUGAUGCCGCCACACUGGACAGCGCCUUGCUUCGCAAUGUGGUCCCAUUUGUGCUCCUUGUUGUGUGUAGCGUGAUGUUCCUUCCGGUUUUUUUGCUGUGGGUGAUGCAUGUUGUGCUCAUCGCCAGGAACCAGACCACAUGGGAGUUUUCUAGUUUUCACCGCAUCACGUAUCUUCACUCUCGACGAGACAAUCCAUUUGAUCGUGGCUUUUUUUUGAAUGUUUUGUUUCUUUUUCGCCGCGGGCCCAUCGAUUGGCACCUCGUCAUGAGGCGCGAUGACGCCGACCUUGUGUGA